GUCCUCGCACGACCGUUGCGACGUGCGCGCGUCACGCACCGUCGUUCUCCACUUCUGUCCGCCGGCGCGCCUCGGUGUAUUCCCGUAUAUAUCGCCGCUGACUCUCCGUAGCCGCGAAUCUCGACGAACGUGCGAAAUGUCGCGGCCGCUCGACGCGCGUCCACUUCUCGCGUGACGUAUCUCACGAGGAAACGAAGAUGACGUCCCGAAACAGACCAAUUAAAAUUACGACCGUUGGCGACGGCAUGGUUGGGAAAACGUGCAUGCUCAUCACGUACACGAAGAAGGAAUUCCCAACGGAAUAUGUACCUACUGUUUUCGAUAACUACGUUGACAGCAUAUACGUGGGUGGACAGCAGUUCGAAAUGACAUUGUGGGACACGGCUGGUCAGGAAGACUACGAGAAGCUUAGGCCGCUAUCGUAUCCAAAUACUGAUUGCUUCCUGGUCUGUUUCUCCAUAAGCGCCCGUAGUUCCUUCGAAAACAUAGCGAGUAAAUGGCAUCCAGAGAUCAAAGCACAUUGUCCCAAUAUACCGAUUGUACUUGUGGGUACUAAGGCAGAUCAUAGAAAUCAAGAAGCUAUGGAUAUUAUCAGUUCGCGAGAUUGCAACAAAAUGAGAAGAAAGAUCAGGGCGAUCAAAUACGUCGAGUGUUCGGCGAUAAAACAGGAAGGUCUCGAAGAGGUUUUUGUGGAGGCUAUUAGAGCCGUGCUGAAAAAACCGCCAUCGAGAAAGCUCUGCUGCAUCCUUUGAAACUAAUGCAUCUAGUUUGCAGGACGCAUUUGGACGAUUAGAAUUAUUAAGACCUAUGUUAAACCAAAGAUUUUCUUAGCAUCUUACGUUCAUGUGCCUCUUACUUGUACAUUUUGCCCUUAACAAUAUCGCUAAAGUAUACUUCACUUUCCUCGUGUAUAGACUAGAAUUAUUGUGCGUCGUGUAAAUACAUAUGUGCAAAAUCUUUAUAUAUAUAUCUAAUAUAAAUCUUUAUAACUAUAUACAUAUAUCUAAAACAUGAAUUACUUACGUUUUGUACGCUUCGUCAUAAAUUUUUAGAUUGCGAUCGAGCGAUAACUUUAUUAUAAAUGUAUUACAAUACAAACAUAUAUAAAGACAUAAAA